AUGAAGACCGCACUAAUGAAGCGCACCAGAGUCAGCUGUGUGUUGACAUUUGUUAUUUUGGUGCUGGGUAUGCAGCCAGGCAUUGGUAUGCCCACGUUGCUUCCCCAUGUAGAACACCCAGUAUUGGGUAUGAGUACUUCAACAAGAAGUUUAGACUUGCUGCUUCCCCCUGUAACUGGCACAACUACAGCUCAGCAAAAAGCAGAUCCUCAUGUUGCCAAGAGUUCUUUUCUGGACAGAAUCUACCAAAUAGCAAGAAACAUAAAUACUUUGGUCAAGAAUGUCAGUGUUUGGAUGAAAACAAAGGCUCAACUAUUAUAUCACGUGGGGAUAUUUGGAGGUUCUAACACGGUGGUGGGUACUAGAAAGACAGCAUUGAGGGGUUUCAAAGUGCCCCCAGUUACUACGGUGGAUGCAAGAAGUACAAUUAAUAUUGCCAGCAAAACUGGCACAUCUAUUGGUAUGACUGAGGAAAUGACAAGUUCAUCAGUGAAACAUGAAGGGAUUGGUAUGAAAACAACAUCUCCUUAUGUUAUAAACAACCAAGUAAAACCCACUGGAUUUGGUAUUAGUACUUCAACCAUUUCCUAUGACCCAACAUUACAAAAACCACAAGGGGAAGAUAUGACUCUUGAUGAGAUAUUGGGUGCCUUUAAAGUAGAAUUCCACAGACUGGUAGGAGGCGUUAGUUCUUUUGUUAAGAAUGUUACUGGCUUGAUAAAAACAAGUGCACAGCGCUUUUCUCAGUGGAUCACGGAGGAUAAUGCAAGGAUUGACAGUGGCACUAAAAGGAAAAGAGUAAAAAGGUUUGCUGUACCAAAUGCAAACCCAUUUGAUAUCUGGAAAAGAACCAGGAUUCCCAGUACAACUGAAAUACCUGUAGUGGAGGAAGUCACAUUGCCACCAGUGAAACCUAGAAUUACUAUUCCUCUUAAGUUAGGAUUUGGAGUUGAUAGUAGGUUGCUUACUUCUAACCUCCAUAUUCCUCCACCUACCUUUAUGUCUCAUGGCGCUAGUUACAUUUACUGCUUACUGGCUGUAGUCUUUGCACUCUUUCUGGGUUGCUUCCUUGCACUUACAACUGGCAGGACAAGAAAGUCCAAGAUUGUCGGGAUUCCUCAUCUGGCUGAUGAUGUUUAUGCCUACAUUUUGACAGUGAAGACUGGGUUUAGGAGAAAUGCUGGAACCAACAGUAAAGUCAAGAUACAGCUAUUUUCUAACAACUCUGCCUCACCACAGUAUUCACUGUCGGCACAUGGAAGUAGACAGAAGGUUUUCACACGUGGAAGUGAGAGCAUGUUCAUUUUAUAUACCAAAGCUCCACUUGGAGAGCUGACUAGUAUCUGUACAACUCAACAAGGCACUGGUGUUAAAGGAAAAUGGUAUUUAGACUCCAUGAUUGUUUCAGACCCUGUAGCUGACAGGGAAUGGUGGUUUGACUGCAAGAAAUGGCUGAAAACAAAGCAUGAUGGUGUGCAAGAACAUCACACUUUCACACUAACUACCACUGAUAGUGUUUUUAGCUGGAUGUGGAGUACCACUGUGAGUGUUUUCCAUCAGUACCACCGUUGGAUCUAUCCUGCGCUUGGUGGCGGGCGAGAGCACAUGAAAGUUUUAUCAAGACCACUGAUGCUUGUGCUCUUGUUAUCAGCUGUUGGCAACUUCCUGCUUGGCAACAUUCUCGUAGAAACGGCUCUGCUGUCACUCAGUAGUCAACAUGAAGUACAGCUGACAGCAAAUGUGUUUUUCUACACAUUUAUGGUGAAUGGUAUCAUCUGCUUUGCAAACUGCAUGUGUGAACUUAUCCUGGGCAACAUUAGAUCCAAGGAAUUGUGCCGAAGUGUGUGUUUGGAGACAAUGGGCAGUCGCAGUCCAGAUAUGGCAAGUCAGAUGCGGCAGACAACAUGUGAUGGGGUUGUGAAGAACAAAGGACAGGGAAAAAAAGCUGCUACAACCAAUGCUGCAGAGAAUUGUGUAAGAGGCAAAUGCUCAGGUGAAGAUCAUCUUACAAGGCACAUUAGACUUGAUGAUAGACCGUUCGCCAGUUCUCUACAUGUUAGGAAUCAGCUUUCACCUGAGGAUGAAAAACAUGGGCUGUAUGAGUCCAAGUCACUCUGCAACAUGAGAAUAAGCAAUUUGAAUGCCUUUGGAAUGACCCAAGAUGAAGCAAGAGGACAAGAACACAUGGUACCACAAAGAUCAAAAUCAGAUACUGAAGCAGUUAGUGUAUUCUACAACAAAAACAACAACAAUGAUGAUAACACCUCUGACUGUAGCAAUGAAGAGAGGGAGUCAUCAGAGGGAGUGGUAUCAGCAGGUGUUCACGUAGUACCAGUAUUAACCACUGGACAGGGUGAGGAACAUGUUGCUGUUAAGGAGGGUAGCAUUUCUGAGGAAGGUGUUUCAACAUUCUGUAGUGACAGGUGA